CGCAACACAAACAAAGAUCCUCCAGCCUGUACAGCCGUGCUUUUAGCCGCAUUUUCCUUUGUACUAAUCGAGACAAUACUCAACGAUCCAGUGGAGAUAAGUGCAUUUGUAUCUCCAUCAUGGCCUUCUCUGUGGAAGCGGACCCGGCGUCCGUAAGUGAUCCUCUUGAUCUGGGAUCGAAAUUGAUGGCCCUCGAGAAACGAUUAGAAGAAAUGGAGAUGAAAUACCAGUCCCUUCUCAAUACAACUAAGCAAAAUGCAAAAGAGUCUGAAGCAAAAGAUCGUGACUCGACGGAGGAACAAAUUGACACUGUUAAUUCCGAGACGAAAACUAAGAUUCACAGUGAAGAGGCCAGUCCAAACACUAGAGUCAAAAUUAUCAAAGCAACGAAAGACCCGGAGACAGGCGAACGUGUUGAACACCCAGAUGAUUUUCAAAACACAAAGCUAGAUGAUAGGAACAACUUCGCCUUCAUCCUGAAGAAAACAGUGCAUAACAAGUUCUCUAGUCACGAAGACACCUCUGAGAUUGAUAUAGUCAACCUGAAAUUAUGGGAGCUCUUGAAGGAACAUCUUGGUAGUCAUCCCUUUCACUACUUCCGCGGAUCGCCUGUCACACUCUUUUCUCCUUAUGAAGCUAUCGUUUAUGAGUGGGAUAUACUGGUAAACGCCGCAGCACAGCCUCCAAAGGAUGACGAAGAUAAGCAAGCGCGAGGAGAUUUGAGAAUUCUCUUGGAUGUUAUCUCUGGUGGUUCUUGCGGUGAUGCUAAACUGGAUAAAUAUUUCAAAGUACGAGAUUUGUCUUUGAAGGAAUCGACUGUUCAGUUUGACGACCUAUGGACGAUAUUCCCUCCUGGAAUGUUGGUUUAUGGCAAACCUUUCCAGGAACAAGAUCAAGUGUUUGUUGUUCGAGACAUUAAAACUAACUGGCCAGAGCGCGAUGACCGUCCACAACAAUACUUGCCUUGGAGGCUAGAUUGUUGGACGUACGAUUGGACUGGCCUCAAAUUUCAGAGAACUGCCUUCACACUCUUAUUUGAACCAUUUGAGGGUCACAAGCCCAUCAAAGCUCUACCAUACUAUCCCUUCAAACUCAAGGUUGAUGAAGAUAAGUCAAUCGAGAAUGUGUUAAUUGAGCGUGGCAAGAGAUUUCGAUCUCUAUGCACCGCAAAAGAAGGAUCGCAGCUUUUCGAGUAUAGCGGCCAAACUAUCUUUGGAAAGAAAGGAUUCUCCGGAUUGGGCGAUGAUGAUGACGGUGAUACCCGAUCGAGAACUAUGAGGUUGGAGUUUGACCACCUUGUGAAAAGUCGUCGCGGCCCCAUGGAGUCGGCUGGCGUGAAAUCUUCCUUUGUGAACAGCAGAGUUAUGGUCGAUCAUCUAUCGUACUUCCAAUAUGGUCCUCCAAUUGGUCGUAAUGGAGACCUAGAGCCAAGUUCUGGCAGCGCGGACUGUGUGUGCGCUGAUUGCCAACAGAAUGAGGGCUUAGCCAUCAAGUACAGGACUCGGUUCGACAAAACGGAAGUUCAGGGGAACGAAAUUUGGGAAGAUGAACAAUACAUGAUCUGCCCUCCUCGUGUUCUUGGCUAUGUCCUUGAGGAGAAACUAUGGGCACAGCUUCAAACGACCCUUGUCAAGGAUAUUCCAUUCGAUAGUAAACAGGAUGCUUGGCACAACCGACUACAUCUCGACGACGAUGGAGAGAAAAAAGAAUUGCUCUUCAAUCUUGUACGCAGCCAUAUUUCAGAAACAAAUCAAGCGAAGAGAACUAGAGACGCUCUCGAAGUUGACGACAUUAUUCCAGGAAAGGGGAAGGGCCUGGUUAUCCUUUUAUACGGCCCGCCCGGAGUUGGGAAAACGUCAACAGCAGAAACUAUCGCUCUUUCCACUCGCAAACCUCUCUUUUCUAUUAGUGUGGCCGACGUCGGGACUAAAGCGUGGCGUGUAGAGUCUAAUCUAUCCAGAAUAUUCUCCUUAGCGACCACAUGGCAAGCAAUCCUGUUAAUUGACGAAGCCGAUGUCUUCUUGGAAAGUCGAGGAAGAGGUGGCAUAUCCACGGACAGAAAUGCCCUUGUUUCGGUGUUUCUUCGAGUCCUUGAGUAUUACCAAGGAAUCAUGUUCCUGACAACAAACCAAAUCGCCCAGUUUGAUGUUGCCAUUCCAUCUCGGAUCCACGUUUCUAUCCAAUACAACAGCCUCAAGCCGAAACAGAUGAAGAAUAUCUUUAGUGGUUUUCUUGACCCCCUUGAUGACAAAGGCCUGGUUGAUAACUAUAAAGAGAUCAAGGAAUGGCUCAACGACGACGUGUAUGAUAUCGGAUUUGAUGGUCGACAGAUUCGUAAUAUUGUCACUGCUUCGUUAGGAUUAGCGCGCGCGGAGCAGAAAUAUAACGGCGGCAAUGGCAAGCUCAAGAAGAGUCAUUUGAAGGCUAUUGCUAACAAUUCCCGCUCAUUCAAAACGGAUUUUACAGUACAAUAUGACCGGUAUAUCAACAGCCAGGAAAGGUUAAUCCGCUAGUUGAAAGUGGAGCAUUUGAUUCAGAUGCCAAGGUUCAAAAGGAAACAUGUGCAGUUAAUUCAAAGCCAAAGCAUUCUUUCACGAAGAAACGGAAACGGGAAUGGGCGGUUUGAGUCAGGCUUCGAUUGGUGUGUAAGUUGAGCGCAGGAAUCCGCUUCAUAGACUAGCCAACUUCGGCGGAUUACUACUGGUAGAUACCCAGUAGCUACAUGUAGUGAGUGACCAUCAGCAAACACUAGCUGUUACAUUCUUUUGCAUUUUUGCUGUAUUUGUGCCCCUUGGGAAUUUGAGGCCGAUGACUCCU